AUGUCCGCAAAGCCCGCCCUCUCCGCCGGCGUCGGGACGCUCAUCGCAGCCCUGCUCUGGCCAACACCCUACGCCCUCCAGACUCCCGCGAAGACAGCGACGCGCCCCGAUGGGGAAGUGCGCGCACCACAUGCAUCUCCCGUUCCCCGCUCCCAAUCUGGCCUCAGCUCGCAGCAAGUUCCAUCCGCCGCCGCCGCCGCCACCGUCCAUGCACAGACGCGCCAUCCACACCCGUACGUCGCGGCGAGCGGUGGACAGUGGGAGGGUGGCGCGCACCGUGCCCCCAGGCGCGCGUGCCCCGAGCUCGAGUCGCCUGCCUCCCCUCCGCCCGUGCUGCUGCGAUAA